UGCGCGAAAUGCGGGUUAGUGGGGCACGGGCGUCGCGACGCCGAGCGUCGACGUCGCCUCGGUAUUACCCGCUCGAUCUCUCGUGCUCGACUUCGUUCGCCAGGCUUUUACGUAAGAAGCAAUCCUAAUUCCGACGAACCAGGGAUGAGAGACGGUUGGAUGGUUGAAACGGCUUGAAGGUUCGAAGUUCGAGGGCUCAGGAUCACCCAUGGGAUACGUCGUCGGCUGGGAAGAUGGCUAUGAUCAGGUGCUGCUUCGAGGCGGAAGUGCCGGACGUCUUCGAGUCCCUCAGCAAGUGCACUGACCCUGGCUGUUGUUGUUGGUGCUGUUCUGCUUUACGUCCAAGGUACAAAAGGCUCGUUGACAAUAUUUUUCCUGUUAACCCACAGGAUGGCUUGGUCAAAAAUAACAUGGAGAAGUUGACCUUUUAUUCGUUAAGCAGCCCUGAAAAGCUAGACAGAAUCGGAGAAUAUUUGUUUCAAAGGGCUUCCAGAGAUAUUUACAGGAGAAGAAAUGGAUUUGUGAUUAUUGCUAUGGAGGCAAUGGAUCAGCUUUUACUAGCGUGCCAUGCCCAAACUUUGAAUUUAUUUGUUGAAAGCUUUUUAAAAAUGGUACAAAAAUUAUUGGAGUCUACGGAUCCCCAACUACAAAUACUGGCAACACAGUCUUUUGUCCGAUUUGCCAACAUCGAGCAAGAUACGCCGUCUUAUCACACACGUUACGAUUUCUUUGUAUCAAAGUACUCUGCAAUGUGCCACUCCAAUAACGAUGACCCUGCGAUCCGCAAGCAAAUACGACUUGCUGGAAUUCAGGGAUUACAGGGUGUCGUAAGAAAAACACUUUCCGAUGAUUUAGUGGAAAACAUUUGGGAACCUGUUCAUAUGGAUAAGAUUGUUCCAUCAUUGUUAUAUAACAUGCAAAAUUCUAGAUAUUCGAAUAAAGAAGAUGCAACACCGGAUAGCCCAACCGAAGAGCGGUCAGAUCCACCACAAUUCGCGGAAACUUGUAUGCGAGAGCUUGUUGGGCGAGCAUCGUUUGGUCACAUUAGAUGUGUUAUUAGACCAGUUUUAAGGCACUUGGACAAUCAUCAAUUAUGGGUUCCUAAUUAUUUUGCUAUACAUACAUUUAGGAUAAUUAUGUUUUCCAUUCAGUCGCAAUAUUCUUAUACAGUUGUGGAAGCAUUAAUGGCUCAUCUCGACGAUCACUCGAAAUCGACUGCAAAAAUUCGGACAAGUAUUGCAGAUACCUUAUCCAAAAUUAUUUCAAUUGCAGCUGGUGAAAGCGUUGGUCCAUCCGUCUUGGAAAUAAUAAAUUCGCUACUAUCUCACCUCCGAGUUAGUGUAACAAGAAACCAACCAUCCAGUAGCGACGAGCAGUUGUAUCAAGAAGCACUUAUUAACGCUCUUGGAGAAUUUGCAAACCAUCUUCCAGAUUAUCAAAAGAUAGAAAUUAUGAUGUUCAUUAUGAGUAAAGUCCCAUACAGCCAACCAGAUCGCAUAGUCUCUGUUGGAAAAGGAGAUGUAUUACUCCAAAGUAUCCUUCUAAAAUCCCUUCUAAAGGUCGGCACAAAAUAUCAAACUAUACAUUUAAAUACAACAUUCCCGCCAAGUUUUUUGGAACCAUUAUUAAGAAUGUCGCUCGCAGCAGAUGCUGAAAUGCGACUUUUAGUACAAAAAAUCUUCCAUACCCUAAUCGACAGACAUCAAAAUAUUACAAAACUUGCAAAACCUAUAACGAACGUAGCACCACUCAAUCUUACCAUUGAAAAAGCAUCCAGACCAGAUGUUAUCUUUAUUCGCAAACAUGGCCCUGAAAUUUAUUUAGCGCUUUAUGAAUCGUUGGAAUUGGCAAGUAACACGGUGGAAAAUGUGGAAUCUAUAUAUACAACGUUGGCGUUACUUGCCGUAGAAUUGGCUUCGGAAGAAACCAUAUUGGAGCUCCUAAGAUUAGUGCUGAGCCUUCAAGAUCUAGCUCUAACGAGUGGUCAAAUCAGCAUUUCGCUCAAAUUUAAUUUGCACGCUACCGUCAUCAGUUUGCUGGUACUAAUAUCUUACGUUUGCAAUAUCGCUUCGCUGAUGGAUUACGCGAACAAAAUUGUAGAAAUACGGCGGAAAGAAGCACCGCAUCUGUUACCUGAUUUACAUUCACAAUACGAUCCCGGGUUAUCUUCUAGAAUAGCACCGGUUCUGUUAGUUGAUCAAACUGUUUUAAGCGAAUGUUUAAAAGGAGCUGGUCUGGACAGUGGAAAGCUACAACAGGGACCUGGCUAUAGUAGCACUUCACUACAACAUCGGCAUUCAUGGGUUGAUAGUGCUGGACGAAAUUCAUUAGCGGAUAUUAACUCUGGUGCUACAGAAUUGGACAGUGGUGGCUCAUCUCCCGGUGUUCAGAAGAAAUUGCUGGGAGAAGAGUUAACUUUCGAAAGUAUGAAACGAAUUCUAACAGAAAAUAAUAAUAAUCACGUAAUGGAAGGAGAAAAGCGAUUACAAUUAUCGCACUUCUUUAGAAACGCGCCAUUCCAAGAUUUGGUGUCGAAAACGCAACCAAAGCAUGACGUUCUCCAAAGCAAGUUAUCCGAAAUAUUUAAUACACUAGCCGUCGAUCCACGAAAUACACCUCAACCAGGCGGGCCGCCAACGGAUACCAAACCUAAUCAAGCACCGCCAGCUUAUGAAAUACAUUUUCCCGAGUUAUUUGUUUAUUAAAAUAAUGUUUCUAUAACAUUGUUAAUCCUUUCGCUGCUAAAUGUGCACAUAUAUGUUCACCACAAGUGACGCUCCAAUUACGAAGAAUGUAUAAAUGCAGCGAUAAACCGUAUUCAAAUCACUGUUUUAUCUGCUUAUUUAACUGAUAAAAUGUCGUUAUCGAUAAUAUAUACAUAUAUAUAUA